CACGAUUGCGACCGCACAGCCAUCUCUUUGCUGUUCAAUACUUAUGAUUGUGUUUUAAGUCUCGAUUGUGUUUAAACUCUCAUCUUCUUCCUGCUCUAAGAUCUAGUAGUUUCUUCCUGCUGGUGCUCUAAGAGAUCUAGUAGUUUGUAUAGUAGUCGGAUGUCUGUAGUUUGUCCACGACGACCACGUGGUACAACAUGUCAAUGCAGGUUUCCUUUCUGUCAUCUUAUUGAAACCAUCGUCCUUGCUUUUUAGAGUGUAGCAGGCAGCGAAGAUGUUUUUCAUUUUCAAUAUUUUUGAAGAUGUGGCUAUAGAUAUAGUUAUAUCCGGCUACUCGAAUUCGGUCCCAUAGUAGAGGUAACUAAGUCUAUUUUUAGUGCUGGGUACUCAUAUCAUUGGCACAAAAAUAUUACCGAUCGUUCACCUCUAAAAUAGAUGUACAACGUCGCCGGCAUGUCCUUGGAUGCCGAGGGCAAAUUUACAUUUUUCCGACGUAGCAGCUUCCGCGACAGCGGACGCAGACACCUUGCAGGACUCUACCUUCUCGGAAAAGAGGAUAUCCUGACAGCACACGAA